ACUAAGGAACUACAUACUUGAAGGACAUCGGCGUUGUAACAACUCCUGCAGCAGAAGUUGAAUAGAAGAUUAAAUGUCCUAGCAAGAGUAUGUAUAUGUUUUUCGAUUAAAUAAAAAAUAAUGAAGGGGGAACAUAUUAAAAAGUCAUCAACCACAACACAAAAGAAAAUAUACAAAAAAAUUGUAUUUAUUUAAAAAAAAAUAAAAACUGAAGAGUAAAAAUAUUGUAUUGUAUAUACAUAGAGAAAAAGGAAUAAAUGAAACGAACACAAAAUGUGAGUUAAAAAAACAAUAAAUCGACCACAAGAUAAGAGGAGAAUAAGCAAAAACCAAAUGUAUGAACAGCAACCUUGGAAACCAGCCAACUUUAUCAUAAUUUAAAUGAAGAACAUCAUAAUGACGCUGAACAUGCGAUAAUCAUAAUGAUGAGGAUCAUUUAUAAUAUUUAAAAUAAGAAUGUUGACAACGAAAAUGUCGAUUAUGAUGAAGAUGAAAAUAGCGAAUAAUACUCGCGCUUCAAUGCCAAACCAAACAGCAACCAACGACAACAACAGAGCAGCAGCAACAGCAUCUAUAAACAAACAAAUAAGCAGCAACAUUAUUAACAAUAAUAUGCAAAAAUAAUGGCAACGUCAACGGAAAAUACAAAUAAGCGACAAAAACAUCACAAGCAACAACAAUAUCAUCAUCAACAACAACAUCAGCAACAAGCACAACAACAGCAAUUACUAAGAAAAAGAACUAAAAUUAAUUUUUAAGUGAAACGAAAAUAAAAUAUUUAAAACAAAAAUAAAACUAACACUAUUUUGAAAACAUAAAAUAAGAGCGAAGAUCUAGAAACAAGAAAAAAUUUAAAAAAACUAGUGGGUUUGUUUUUUUCAAUCAAACACACUCAAAACAAACGAGAUGUCGUGUAUGACCACGACCUCGACCAUCAUAAAAAUGAGGAAAAAAUUUCUCCAACAAGUUUUGCUAAAUAAAAUAUAAAAAAAUAAGAUACAAAAAUAAAAAGAAUAAUAUUGUUUAUAUAUAUAAAAAAAUAAAGAAAUAAAUAUAAAAAUUUUUAACAAAAAAAAAGAGCGACAACAAGUCAGAAAAGAGUCCCAUACAAAUUUUCUAAAAGAAUUUAUAGAAAAAAUAUUAAGAUCUUGUGAUUUGUUUCUUUUGGUUAAAUUUUGUUUUUAUUUUUUUAUGGAAAAUCAACACUUCGAAUAAAAAAAUUUUGAAAUUGAGUCCUCAGUCGUUUGAACGGCAUAAAAAAGAACAACGCGCGAGCGCUUCCAUUGUGAAUGUGAACAAGUGAUAAAAAAAUACGUUAGAAAAUUUAUUUUCAAAAGUGAAAUUUUUCUUUAUAAAAAAAUAAAAGUUUUCCAUUGAAGAAAGAAAAGAAAUUACGAAAACCCAGAGUUGUGAAUUUAAAAUAAGUGAAAGUUUAAAAUUAAAUAUGUAUUUAAAUAAAAAUAUGGCAAAUAUUAAAUAAAAUAAAAAAAUCUUAAAGAAAAGUGUUAAAGUGAGAGAGGAAAAAAAAAGAUUUAAAAUAAAUUUAUUUAAAAAAGAAAAGCAAAAAAUCAAGUAUCAUACAAAAUAGAAAUUUCUUUUAAUAAAAAUAUAUUUGUAAUGUCUACAAAAACCACAAUAAAACCAACAACUAACACAACGUCAAACCAAUUAACAACAUCACGUACAAAUGUAACAGCAAUACCAGCAGCAACAAUAGAGGAUACAAACGAAACAGCAGCAGCCAGUACUGCAGCAACAACAAUUCUAAAUGCAGUUCCAGCGCCACAAGAACAGCUAGCAACACCAGCAAAUACAACAGCAACAACUUUAAAUGCUAGUUCAACAAUUGCAAAAAAGUCAUUAAAACAUAAUAAUAAUGUUUUAAGAAAAACGAGGCGGCAAAGGCCAUACGUUAUAACAGAAACACAAACAACUGCAGUUGCAACAACAAAGACAACGACACAACAAACACCAACGCCACCACAAAAACAGCAACAAAGACAACCACGACCACUAAUUACAACUACAUUUGCAACAACGACUACAUCAUUUACAGCUGCCAUUGCCGCAGCCCUAUUGCAAACGACAAAUGCUACCACCGCUACACUCACCGCCGCCCUUCAAACACACGCUGCAGCAGCUUCCUCUCCAUAUGAAGUUGCUGGUGCAUCACCAUACUCAUCAGCAUCAUCGUCAUCACCUGCCGUUACACACAUACCACCGUCAUUAUCGAUCGAUAGUUCACUACAGUAUCCCAUGGCGGUGUUGGAUGGCACUUUAGCCCAAAUGGAGCCGAAUGCAACCACAACACAUUUACUGCAUAAUACAGUCAUUUCCACUGCCACAUCUGCUUUAGCUGCCGCUGCUGCAGCAGCUUCAACAGCUAAUACAACGCUAUUACUAGAUGAUGAUGGUGGUGGCGGCACAGAUUCCGAUGGUGAUUGGUUUGAUGAUGCUAUUUUAGCCUUGAAAGCUUUUGUCAUGUUAUUUAUAAUAAUUGCCGCCAUUUUUGGAAAUUUACUUGUUAUUAUUUCUGUGAUGCGUGUUAGAAAAUUAAGGUGAGUUGAAAUUUUUUAAUAUUAAAAUUUUCAUAAGUAUAUAAAGUUAUUCUAUGGAGAGGAAAUGGAACUAUAAUUUAAACAUUUGAAUGAAUAAAAGUAGAAAAUUUAAAACAGGUUUGCCUUAGGUUGGUUUAUAACAAAUUAUUCAGAAAAUCUUAUAUUAAUAAGUUUUCCUUUAUUUUAAAACUUGUAUAUUCAGCAUAUCGGUUGUAGACCUUAACUAUUUGCUUCUGUAUUGAAAUUAAGAAUGAUUUCUUUGAAGACCUACUUAUAAAACUAGCAUGUAGAUUAACUCCCACCAGAGACUUUGGUCAACAUUUCUAUAUUUCUAUAUUUUUUAUCAAUGUACAAAAACAACAUUUUUGUCGUAAAUUUUCUA